UGUACAUCAGCGUAGUUUGAGACGCUGCAGCGCUCAGUCCCGGUGAAACCGAAGGUCACCUCCUCUCAGCAGCCUGUCAGCGGAUAUACAGAGUUAUUCUGUACAUAUUAAAUAACGCCAUGGACAAUUUUGAUAACUUCAGUGCGUCGGAGAAAGCAGAGGCGACGGAGCUCCAGCGUAUGAUCGCGAUAGAGCAACAGAAAGCACAGUUCCAGGCCCAGGUGCACACUUUCACUGACGUCUGCUGGGACAAGUGUGUGGACAGCCCGGGCUCGAAGCUGGACUACCGCACAGAGACAUGCCUGGUGAGCUGCGUGGAGCGAUUCAUUGACACCACCCUGACCAUCACCAACCGCUUCACACAGAUGGUGCAGAAGGGCGCUCAUUGAUGAAGGACUGCAGAUGCCAAUCGGACUGUGAAAUGAUAUUAAUAAGAUGUUUUGUAUCUCAAACACGCUGAUGGGAGACGAUGUGAAGAGGACGUGGUUAUUGACUGUUUAAGCAUUUGACUGGUGGCGCCGGGGAAUGGGGAACUGUGCAUGGCUGCAGCUCCAAAGAUGCAAGACGUACCUGUUUGAGAAAUCAUGUAAUGUGACAUGAGUAAAGUGAGGCAGCGUGCUCAUGUUCACCAUCCUGUCUGUGAUCCAUCUGAAAUGAAAUUAGAUAAACUGUUUUCCAGGACUGGAAAUAGUUUGGAAUUAACAGGAUGUUUGAGAACAAUUUGAAUAUACAUCAUUUUGGCUGUUGUGUAAAAUAAAUUCCUAAAAAUCCCAGAACAUCUCUGACGUGAUGCAAAAAUGUUCGUGUAAUACCAAUUUAAAUCUGGUGCUGCACUGAAUGUUGAAACAUCAUUAGUAUCACAUGAUUCAUUGGCGUAUAGCGUCAAACAAUAUGAGGAAAGUAUGUGAAAUGCAAUAAUGUUGAUUAUUGUUUUAACGAUAUUACUUGCAGUAAAUAAACAUAUAAAGUGUA